AAUAUUCCUAAACAUCCCCGCUUCCACUUUACUCGCUUUUCAUUUUCACUUUUCAGGCUUUUCCUCUGUAUAGAUCGAUCUUCCUUCCAAUUCAAACCUCCUAAAGCUCCAACCUUUCAGCAAUGGUGAUCAUCACAGAGGAAGAAGACAACCAAAAACGAGACCCCAAACCCUCACCAAGCACCAAACCAACCCACCGUUCAAAACAAUCAAAACCCACUCCGUCGUCUCCGACUCCGCCACCAUCAAAACCACCCCAAGAGGUUCAAAGCCCGUUCGCUUUCUGGUUCUACUUCACAAUCACAGUCUCCAUCAUAACCUUCUUCUUCAUCUCCUUCUCCUCUCUCUCCCCGCAAGACCCAAAGUCUUGGUUUUUAAGCUUACCCACAUCGCUGCGUCAAUACUACUCCAAGGGUCGCACUAUAAAGGUCCAGACCCACCCGGACCAAUCCGCCUUUGAAGUUUUCACAGCUGAGAAAGGCGUUACAGAAUCGGAGAAGGUUAUAAUUGUUCAUGGGUUGGGUCUGAGUUCGUAUUCUUUUCGCAAAGUAAUCGAAGCCCUAGGUUCCAGAGGGGUUCAUGUGGUGGCGUUUGAUUUACCUGGAAAUGGGUUUUCGGAUAAAUCGACGGUGGAGAUUGGGGAGAACCCAGGUGGGCUUCUUGGGAGGUUUUCGUUUGUUGUGAGUGAAAUUCAAGAAAAGGGUUUGUUUUGGGCGUUUGAUGAGAUUGUGGCAACUGGGCAGGUGCCCUUUGAGGAGAUAGAGGCUAGGGCAUCGAAGCGAAAAGUAGUGAAGCCGAUUGAGUUGGGCCCUGAGGAGGUUGGGAAGGUGUUGGGGCAAGUGAUUGAGACAAUGGGGCUGGCUCCUGUGCAUUUGGUUUUGCAUGAUUCGGCUUUGGGGAUGGUUUCGAAUUGGGUUUUGGAGAAUGUGCAGUCUGUUAGGAGUGUGACAUUGAUUGAUACUGGGGCUAAAUCGGCAGGGGCUUUACCUUUGUGGGUUUUGGAAGUGCCAUUGGUUAGGGAGUUGGUGUUGGGGUUUUCGUAUGCUCAUGCAUUGUUGAUUAAGAUGAGUUGCUCGAGCGGGGUUGAUAGUGUGGAUUUGAAUGCGCAUAGAGUUCUUUUGAAGGGGAGGGAUGGGAUGAAGGCGAUUGUUGGAAUGGGGAAGAAGUUGAAUCGUAGCUUUGAUAUUGCAGAAUGGGGUGGUUCGGAUGGACUGAAAGGAGUGCCAAUGCAAUUGCUUUGGUCUGAACGUUGGUCUAAGGAAUGGAGUGAAGAGGGGCGCCGAAUUGCGAAUGCACUUCCAAAGGCAAACUUUGUCUCCCAUUCUGGUGGACGGUGGCCUCAGGAGGAUGCAGCUGAUGAAGUAGCUGGACACAUUGCUAAUUUUGUGACCUCAUUACCUGCUACUGUCAGAAAGGUCACUGAAGAGCGGAUCCCUGAGCAUAUUCAGACGUUGCUUGAUGAAGCCGAACAGACUGGUCAUGGGCAUCUUCAUGGUCAUGCUGGUCAUGAAGAGCAUAGUCAUGGACAUGUUCAUGGUGCUGGAGCUGGUUAUCCUGAUCCGUACGGCCUUGGUCAUGGCCACGGAUGGUGAACGUCUACAACUGUUGUUAAAACUUUUUGUUUCCCAAGUUUUCAGUGGAGCUAGAAAUUAGAUUUUGGCCACUGGAUAAUCUUUUUUACUGCCAUGGAUGCUAGGAAAUUCGUAUCUAUUGUACAAGAUGCCUUGAACAGCAAGUUUGUUGUGCUGAAUCUUUGAAGCUUGAGAUGUUGUAUUUUUUUUUAUAAGUAAAGAAAGGAAGCUGAUUCAUAUAA